AUGCGCGCGAUCGCCGAGCGCGUCAAGCACGACGAGGCCGGCUUCAACGCGACCCUCGAGGAGGGCAACCAGCUGCUCGAGGAGGAGGCCCAACUCGAGAAGGAGCGGCUGAUGUUUGAGCGCCAGCGAAUCCAGCUCCAGGCGGAGGUCGAGUGGCUCAAGGUCCAGGACGAGCCCGAAAACCGGGUUUUGGUCCUGCAAGAGCACAUCAAAGCCGUCGCCCAGCGCGUCUCCGCGAUCAACACACGCCAAAAUGAGGUUCAGAAGCGGAUUUUGGAACUCAUCCAGACGGACCAUCCGGAGUUCGUAUGGAAGUCCAUCGCCUCUAGCUCACGGAUCUUGCGUCUGAUUAAAGGCAGCGGGCUUUGGUUGAACGUGUCGUUUUCGGACUUCCAGAUCCUCUCCACCUUGUCCUUGACGGUCAAUAGCAAGGUCUAUCAUGCCCUCCGCCGCGGCGAUAACUUCGCCCUGAAGGAGAUCCCCAUCGAUGACGAAAAGGUUCGCCGUCGUUUUCAACGGGAGGUCGACAUCAUCGCCUCCUGUAUGCAUCCGAAUAUUGUUCGAGUGAAGGGGGUUUUCUUCGACGGCCCCUUCGCCUAUCUUCUCCUGCCGUAUUACCACCGUGGGAGCCUGCAGACCCUGCUGGGGGCGAAAGAACCCAUCCAAUGGGGGGACAUCCAAAGCAUCUUCCGCCAGCUCGCGACGGGCCUGGCGUAUCUGCACGAGCGCUCGAUUUGCCAUGGGGAUAUCAAGCCCUCGAACAUUUUGAUGGCGGAGGCCGGCUAUCCCAUCAUCUCGGACUUUGGCAUCGCGCGGGAUAACGGGCGAUUGGGCGAGGACCUCGACCUGGCGAUCCCCAACGGCCCCGCCACCGCGCAGGGCGGCGUGGGGACGACGCAGUAUAUGGCCCCCGAGCAGCUUCUCGGCGAGCGAAAAGGUGCCACCACCAAAAGCGAUAUCUGGGCCCUCGGCAUCACCUUUUACGAGGUGGUGGCCUUCAACACCUUCUUCAACGACGCGUCGAUGGGGGAGCCGGACUUCCCGCUGAUUCCGUCGAAUAGCGGCAUCAUCGACGUCCCCGCGUGGCGCGUCGGCGGGGAUGAGAGGUUGGCGGAUUUAAUUAUGCGCGCACUGACGGUCGAUUUUAAUCGGCGGGCGACGGCCUAUGAGCUGCUCGCGCACCCGUACUUUAGCUCCCCGAUGAGCGCCAACAACAACAGCAGCGCGACGCUGGCGAAGAGCGAUGAGCGAAUUCACGCGGUGCGCUCUUACAUCCACGCGGUUCGCGCGACCCACACACAAAAAGUCCUCGUAUCCGUCUCGCGGAAUCAAAUGUUGGAAUCGCUCGCGAAUAUCAUGGAGCGCCUCGACGAGGAGGAUAUGAUGGCGCCGAUUAUGGUGGUCUUUCAAGGCGAAUCCGGUAUUGAUGAGGGCGCGCUCACCACGGAGAUGUUGACUUUGUAUUACGAACAACUCGUACGGCGAGAAAAGGCGCUGGUGUGCUCACUCAACGAUGAGGAGGUGGCGUUCUCCAGGGAAGGGGACCUGGGGAUCGUGACGGGGGUGACUUAUCUUCCUGCCGAGGAUGAUAAAAACAUCUUAACCAGCGUAUUUGAAUUGCUUGGAAAGGUACUGUUGAAGAGCAUUGUCGAGAACCGUCCUUUGCCUCUUCAGCUGAACCUUUCGGUGCUUAAAUACUUCUGUGGGACGCCCGUCUCGAUGGUGGAUUUGGAGGAGUAUGAUCGCGUUCUGGCGGAGUCGCUUAAACGUCUGCGUUUGCUCUCUUCGGAGGACCUGGAGACGAUGGAGCUCAAGUUUUCAAUUUUCACCCCAACUUUUUUGGCGAAUCAUUUGGAUGGAAUGUACAUACAGGAAACCACCGUGACGACCGACAACGUACGCGAUUAUGUGGACCUUCGGAUUGAAUUCGAUCUUAUUGAGCGGCGAAAGCGCGCCUUGAUGGUAAUGAAGAAGGGGUUUUACAGCUUUCAAUCCAUCGAACCCCACCUAAAGCUGCUUUCCCCAUCUGACCUUCUAUUGCUAUUGUGCGGCGUCCAACACGUCUCCGCCCAGGCGAUCGUCGACGCGCUGGAGUUUCACAACUUCGAUGCCUCGUCGAAAACCCCAAUAUACUUGAAGGAGUACCUUUUAGAAACCUCACAAAACAAUUUACGGCGCUUUUUGCAGUUUUGCACUUCCUCUGCUGCGAUGCCGGCCAAUAACACUCUGCGAAAGAUUAAAGUGGUCAAGGCUUCUGAUACCCAACGUUUACCUGUUGUCCAUGGAUGUGUUCAUCAAUUAGACCUUACCGACUACAAUGACAAGGAAUUGUUAAAGGAAAAGCUCGAAAUUGCUUUAGCGCACGUCGGUGAUGGUUUCCAUAUUGUCUAA